AUGGUUCCCGGUGCUAUUUUCUCCGUGGCCAGGAUGCCAUCUACACCGUCUGGCAAAAUCGACCGCCAACGUCUUCGUGUGAUGGCAUCUGAGCUCAUCACAGACUCUUCUGCAGAACGCCCAGACCGACCCUUGACCGAUGCCGAAACGCGUCUCCAAGGGCUAUGGGCCACUGCUCUGGGUGUAAGCCCUGACAUCAUCCAUCCGAACUCAAACUUCCUACAAUUCGGCGACUCGGUUUCGGCAAUGAAACUGGCCAACAUUUCCAGGAAGGCCGGCAUGUCUCUUGAUGUGUUAGCAAUCUUCAACCACCCUAUUCUCUCCGAUAUGGCCGUGAAUUCCACUACCGCAUUGGCAAGCGAAGAGGGUGUUGCCAAGUUUGGCCUUAUGGAGAAAUCGACGCUUCCUGAUGCAAUUGCCGCGGCAGCAUUGCAGUGUGGAACUCGUCAGGAUGAGAUCGAAGACAUUUACCCUUGCACGCCUUUACAAGAGGGUCUCAUGGCUUUGUCAAUCAAGGAGCAGGGCGCCUACGUCGCCCGCCACGUUCUACGACUCGCUGCAUCCACCGACCUGGACAGAUUCCGAGCCGCCUGUGCACAGGUUGUGCAAACCAACAGCAUCUUACGAACCAGAUUCGUGCAGUACAGCAAUGAGAUCUUCCAGGCUGUUCUCAAAGACGAAAUCGAAUGGGACACCUCUGAUGACCUCGAGAAAUAUCUCCAUACUGAUUCAGAGAAACACGUGGGGUGCGGUGAUCGUUUGGUCCGCCUGGGGCUCGUCUCUGACGGGAAUGGUUCCCGGUUCUUUGUAUUGACCGUACACCACUCGGUCUAUGACGGUUGGUCCAUACCGCUCAUCCUCAGCCAGAUCAACCAAGCAUAUCUGGGCGAACUGGAACCGCCACCGCUAGAGUUCAGAUCUUUCAUCGGCAAGUUGAUGGAGGCUGAUGAAGACAAGUCUGCUGCAUAUUGGCGAGGACAGCUCCACGACGCACAACCGGUUUCCUUUCCGCCGCUGAUGACAGCGAAUCAGCAGCCCCACGCCGACAGCGUCAGGGAACAUCGAUUUUCCCUGCCUGAGACGCGUAAAUCCGACAUAACAACCUCCACCUUUCUACGAGCGGCAUGGGCGAUUCUUAUGUCACAGCACUCUCUGACAGAUGAUGUGAUCGUGGGUACGACGCUGUCAGGUCGCACGCUUCCUAUGCCGGGAAUAGAUGAACUCGUUGGACCUACCAUCACAACGGUCCCAGUCAGGAUUCAGCUUCUCCAAUCGCAAAUGGUCGAAAGCUUUCUCAAGCAAGUACAAGACCAAGCCACGGAAAUGAUUCCGCACGAGCACUUUGGAUUGCGCCGCAUCCGUCGACUCUCUCCAGAGGCCGAGGCUGCCUGUGGUUUCCAGAGUCUGCUCAUCCUUCAACCUCCGACUGAAUCGGCACCUGCGAAUCUAUUCGGAAACGCAGAGCUGGAGAUCGUGGAAAACAUACGGACGUUUGCCCUUACCCUGCAGGCCAGGGUCGAAGGCCCUGAGACUCGGUUGACGGCCAACUUCGACGCGAGCAUGAUCGACGGACGUUACAUUACCUGGAUGCUUUUCCAGAUGGAGAACAUCCUCAAACAGCUUCAUGGUAAUCCAUUUGCGCUGCUCCAAGAUAUCAAAGCCUUCGGGCAUCAUGACAGCGAGCAGAUUGGAAAGUGGCUCCCUGGUCCGCCUGAGUUCAUCGACCGCUGCGUGCACGAAGUAUUCAUGGACCGGGUGAAGGAGAUGCCUGAUGAGGAUGCAACCGUUGCAUGGGAUGGCAAAAUGACCUACCUCGAGUUGGACCAGCUCUCCUCUCGAUUGGCCCACCAUCUCUGCGGUCUGGGCAUCAAGCCGGAGCACGCAGUGCCUAUACUCUUCGAGAAGUCAAUGUGGACGCAGGUCGCCUUACUCGGAGCUAUCAAGGCCGGCGCUACGUUUGUUCUGCUGGAUCCCGAUCAUCCUGUCGCACGCCUUCAAGUCAUCAUAGACGAUGUGGAGGCAAAAUUGAUCCUCAGCUCCAUCCAACACACGGAAAUGGCGCAGGCACUGGGCGUCCCAGUGCUUACCAUCAGCAAAUCGAUGGUAGAGGAACUUCCCCACACUGAGGGUCUGCCACCGGUAGAAAUAAGCCCCCGCCAAGCGCUUUACAUCCACUUUUCUUCUGGGACGACGGGGAAACCGAAGGGGUCCAUCAUCGAUCACUGUUCGUACGCAUCGUCCGCCAGUGCGACAUGCAGAGCCAUGGAACUCUAUCCAGGGCUGGAAUCCGCCAACCGCGUUCUUCAUUUUGCAGCACACAGCUACGACCAGUGCAUCGGGGAGAUGCUGGGUACGAUCAUGCACGGCGGAUGUCUCUGUAUCCCCUCAGAUUUCGAGCGAAACAACGAUGUCAUUGGCUCAAUCAACAAGUACAAGUGCUCCAGAGCGACUUUUACUCCCUCCUUCGGUCGUUUGGUCUCUCCUUCGGACGUGCCCACGCUGCGGGUCGUCGUUGUCGGCGGUGAGGCAAUUGCAGAGCAGGACAUACAGCAUUGGAACGGCGUCCAGCUAUUCAAUGCGUACGGCCCAAGUGAAACCACGGUUUCAAGCUGUGUCAAGGCGUGGCCGACCAUCAACAGCAGCACCGACUUCCGCAGCAUCGGCCAUCCGAUCGAUUCGGCUCACUACUACAUCGUCGAACCUGGCAACCAUCACCAGUUGACGCCCCUGGGAGGUCUGGGAGAAAUAGUCAUCGACAGCCCGACGGUGGCGCGGUGCUAUCUGAAGGAACCCGAGAAGUCGAAGAAGGCAUUCGUAGACCGUCCGGCCUGGCUAUCUGGCGACGGCCUGCCACCCGGACGAAAGCUGUACAAGACAGGCGACAUGGCGCGAUACACACCCGAUGGCGAGUUCAUCUUCCUGGGGCGCCGCGACACGCAGGUCAAGCUCCGCAGUCAGCGGCUGGAGCUUGCCGAAGUCGAGCAUCACAUCUCGUCGCUCUUGUCUCGCACCGACGAAGUGGUCUCGGAGAUGAUCACUAUUGCCUCUACGUCCAAUUCGAUCUUGGCCGCCUUCAUCCGUCUCGGUCAAACACAGCAACAGGGUGGAGACCUGCUAGACGAGGUUACUGCUGCAAGCCCCGAAUGGAUGGCAUUGCAGAACAGGAUCGUCACCCACCUCGGAAAGACGGUGCCAGCUUACAUGAUUCCGACAGCUUUCAUCCCUCUGAGGCGGGUACCCUUCACAAACUCGCACAAGGUGGACCGGAAGCAGCUGCACGCCAUGGCUGCCGGUCUCACCGCAGAGCGCCUUGCAGCAUUUUCGCUUGCUCAAAACAGCAGGGCGCCGGAGACAGAGUUGGAAAAGGAGAUGUGUGCUCAGUGGGCUGCGGUCCUGGGCAUCGAUUCCAGCGUGAUCAGCGCCGAGGAGAACUUCUUCCGACUCGGUGGAGACUCGAUCGAUGCCAUGAAGUUGGUUGCAGCCGUACGCUCCCGCGGUUUCUCGCUCACCAUGCGUACCGUGUUCCAGUAUCCACGUCUUUCAGACAUGUGCCUCACUCUUACUGAGCUCUCGCCCACGCAAGAGGAUGACAACCCGACACCAUUCUCACUGUUGUCGGAGGAUUCGGUCACCUGGCUACGUCAGGAAGCCACCGAACAAUGCCGCAUCAGUGAUGAUGUUAUUCAAGACAUCUACCCGGCAACUCCUCUCCAAGAAGGCCUAUUCGCCGUCUCUGCGAAGCACCCUGGCAUGGAGAUGGCGCAGAUGAGCUUCCUCAUCGACGAAGAUGUGAGCCUGGACCGCCUGAAGGGCGCAUGGGAAGCCGCAGCGCGCCGCAACGCAAUCCUUCGAACCAGAAUGAUCACCACCAAGUCCGGUGUGUACCAGGUGGUAAUUGACGAGAUGAUUGACUGGGUCGAGGCCAAGGAUAUGCCAAGCCACGUUCAGAAAGAUCGGGGCGUCCCCAUGCUGCACGGCGACAAGCUGUGCCGCUUUGCGGUUAUCGAGGACGAGGCGAACUGCGAGAAGCACCUCUGCAUCACCAUUCACCACGCCUUGUACGACGGCUGGGCUUGGGGCAGACUGCUGGAGCAGGUCGAACAAGUCUAUGCCAGUGAAGCAGUCACGGUGUCGCCUCCCUUCAACAAAUUUGUCCGGUUGCUGCAGGCGCAGAAGCCGGAACCCCUGCAGGAAUACUGGAAGUCCACACUUGCCGGCGUCUCAGCCGAUGUUUUCCCCAAGCUGCCCUCGGCCUUUUACACGCCAAAAGCGGACGGUCUUGUGCAGCACACGAUCGAAGGGUCGAAUUCCUCACACGUUACCGCGGCCAAUGUCGUACGAGCGGCGUGGGCCUUCGUGGUCUCGAAGUAUACCGAGAACAGUGACGUCGUGAUCGGCUCCACCGUGACGGGCCGCAAUGCGCCCAUCGAAGGGAUUCAGGAAAUGGUUGGCCCCGUAUUUGCAACAGUCCCCUUGCGGGUUCAAGUCGACAUGGAGCAAAGUGUCGACGAUUACCUUCAAAUGCUCCAAGAACGUGUAGGUGGCAUGGACACCUUCGAAUACCUCGGUCUGCAAGGCAUCCGGAGCAUCAACGCCGACACGGAAGCGGCGUGUAGCUUCCAGAAUGUCCUUGUAGUGCAGCCGGAGGCCCGAGACGAGGGGUCCGGCGGCGCUUUGAGGAAUCGUCACGACUGGGACGAGAUGGCGACGUUCAACAACUACGGCAUCAUGAUCGAAUGUACUCCCUCGCGUACAAACUUCCUCGCAGGCGGCAAGCAGAGCUUGAGAGAUGUCAACAUGGUCAGUCCCGAAGACUACCGUGAGAUCGCCAGCUGGAACAGCCGUGAACCCGAAAUCAUUGAUCGUUGCAUCCACGACCGAAUCGAGGAGCGAGUGGCUCAACAUCCGAACGUGGAGGCUGUGUGUGCGUGGGACGGCAGCUUCUCGUACGAGCAAGUCAGCAAGAUUUCUUCAUCAUUGGCAGCGCGCCUUUGCGAACUGGGUGCCAAGCCCAACAUGAUCAUCCCGCUGUGCUUCGAGAAGUCGAAGUGGGCGCUCAUUGCCAUGGUGGCCGUCAUGAAGAGCGGAGCUGCCUUCGUGUUGCUAGAUCCCGCCCACCACUCGGUAGAGAAACGAAUCGAGCUGGCCCAAGCCGUAGACGCAAAGAUCGCCAUUGCGAGCACUACUUUCAGCUCAUCCUUAACCGGCCAUGUAGGCGAGGUUGUCACACUCUCUCAAGACACCGUCGACCAUCUUCCCGCAGCAUCCAGCUUACCGACGGACACCUACCAUCCGGACAACACUCUUUGCGUCAUGUUCACCUCGGGAAGCACUGGCAAACCCAAGGCCAUCGUGCACAGCCACUCAGGGUUGUAUGCAAGCUUCGAAGCGUUCGGCAAGGGCUGCGCUGUAACGUCCAACGCGCGCGUCUUCCAAUUCGCCGCCUACGCCUUCGACGCGUCCAUCGGCGACCACCUCGCCACCCUGAUGCACGGCGGCUGCAUCUGCAUCCCGUCCGAGUCGUCCCGCAUCAACGACUUCGCCGGGGCCUUCGCCGCCCUGCGUGCCAACUACACGCACGUCACGCCGUCCCUCGGGCGGUCGCUCGACCCAGAGACGCUGCCGGGCAUCCGGACCAUCAUGAUGGGCGGCGAGGCCCUCAUGCAAACCGAAGUCGACAAGUGGUCGCAGCGCGCGCACCUGCUUUCGGCGUACGGCCCCGCCGAGUCGUCCCUCUGCAUCGCGGGCACCCUGAAGGCGGGCGUGCGGCUCCCGCCCAACUUGGGCUUGCCGGUGGGCUGUCGGACGUGGGUCGUCGACACCAACGACUACACCAGGCUGGCCCCUAUCGGCGUCAUCGGGCACCUCGUCAUCGAGGGCCCGGUCAACGCCGCCGGCGGUUAUUUGAACGACCCGGAGCGCACGCAGGCGGGGUUCAUCACGCCGCAGCAGGUGUGGAUCCCGGAAGUGCAGUCGGGGAGGGAGCAGAGGAUGUACCGAACGGGCGAUAUGGCGCGGUACAGCGCCAUUGGAGAUGGGACUGUGGAGUUUGUUGAGCGGAGGGACACGCAGAUCAAGCUGCGGGGGCAGCGGGUGGAGUUGGCCGAGGUCGAGUGCUGUCUGAAGGAGGCGCUGGCAUCGGCUGCCGCGCUCCUCCCCGCCGUCGACGAGAGCGUCGUGGCCAAAAUUUCGUUGCCGUCGUCGACGGAGGCUGGUACGUCAUCAUCGCUGCUCGCGGCGUUCGUGGAGAGCCGCACGCUGGCGGCGGCGGAGAAGCAAGAGAAGGCCGAGUUGCUUAACGGGUUGCUCUCGGCCGUCACGGCGUAUAUGUCGCCCCGCCUCCUCGCCUACAAGAUCCCCUCCCUCAUCAUCCCGCUCGCCCGCAUGCCGCGCACCCCGUCGCGGAAGGUCGAUCGCAAGGAGCUCGCCAAGUUUGCCGCGGGUCUGUCCGUCGAGGAGAUCGCGGCCUACUCGCGCCAGAGCCGCACCGGUCGUGCGCCCGCCACGGAAGCGGAGAGCACAUUGUGCAAGUUGGUGGCGGGCACCCUCGGACUGCCGGAGAGCCAGGUCUUUGCUGACGAUGCGUUCGUCCGACUGGGCGGCGAUUCCAUCCAGGGCAUGCGGCUCGUGGCGCUGGCUCGGGAGCAGGGCAUGGCCUUGACCGUGGCUCAGCUGUUCGAAGCGGAGAGCAUCGCGCAGCUGGCGGCGGGAGCAGCACAAGCGCAAGCUGAGAAGCCUCUCAUGCCCAACGAUGAGCAGGAGUCCGCCAUGGUCGUCCGUGAUGACGACGUGGAGCUCGCAGCGGCGCGGAAGUGCGGCGUCGACGUCGCCAUGGUGCAGGACGUCAUGCCGUGCACGCCGCUGCAGGAAGGCCUCAUGUCGCUGGCCCUCAGCAAGCCCGGCGCGUACGUCUUGUUCAAUACGUUCGCCCUGCCGGCUUCGACCGAUGUCGAGAAGUUCAAGAAUGUGUGGGGUGUCGUCUUCGCCCGGAACGACAUCCUCCGCACGCGCAUCGUGCAGGUGGGCGAGAAGACGGUACAGGUCGUUAUGCGGGAGAGCAUGUGGUGGCUCUCGAGUCACACCCUGGCUGAGGCGCUGGAGGAAGAGAAGGCGGCACCGAUGGGGCUCGGGACUCCGCUGAACAGGUUCCGCAUUGUUACGUCAGACGCGGGGAAUUACUUCAUCUGGACGGCACACCACAGCACGUAUGAUGGCUGGUCUAUGAAGCUGCUUUUGGACCAGGCUACGGCGCUGUACCAGGGGAGCUCCGUUCCCACCGGCCUGAGUUUCAAGCGGUUUGUCAUGGAUCUCGACAAGGGAAACGACGAAUCGGCUAUCUACUGGACGAACAGCUUCGAACACGUCUCGGCACAGACCUUCCCCGAACGCCUACCUCCCGGGGAAGGGCCCGACGUGGGUUCUUUCAAAACGUCUCGGAUCAAGUUCAACCGGAAGAUGGGUUCCCGCAUCACGACCUCGACGCUCGUGCGAGCAGCAUGGGCCUUGCUGCUGCGGCAAUACUGCGAAGGCGACGACGGCGACGACCAAGUUCUAUUCGGCACCGUGUCGUCCGGGCGCUCUGGUUCGCUUCCCGGCAUCGAGAGCGUCGUGGGCCCUACGCUGUGCACGCUCCCCGUCGUCGUCAAGGUCGACGGCGCGUCAACGGUGAGCCAGUACUUGGAAGCCGUGCAGCGCCACUGGCUGGGCUCGCUCCCCCACGAACAUUUUGGGCUUCAGAAUAUCGCGCGCCUAAGUCCCACGUGCAAGGCAGCGUGCGACUUCCAGAACCUGCUUGUCAUUCAGCCUAAGCAGAUGCGGGAGUCGGACGAGAGCGCCGUCAUGGGCACUUGGCUCGAGUCGGACCAGCAUUCGGACUUCUUCUCGUACCCUCUCACUGUGCAGUGCAGUCUCGAGGAUACACAGUGCGAGGUCCUCGCUGGCUAUGACAGACGCUUGCUCGGAGAUGAGCAGGUCAUGCAUAUGCUGGAGCAGUUUGACAGUAUCGUCCAGCAGCUGUCUCAGGAAGAUCAAGUGAUGAAAGUGUCGGAGCUCGACGUCUUGGGCUCACAGGGUCUGGAGCAGGUCUUGCGCUGGAACGAGGAAAUUCGUCAGCUACAGGCUCCCCCCACCCCGGACAACGACGUCUGCGUUCACGACCGUAUAGCCAAGCAGGCAGAUUCACAGCCUGACCGGCAGGCUGUUUGCGGUUGGGACGGCGAUUUGACGUACGCUCAGCUACAAGCCCAUGCUGGAGCAUUGGCGGAGCAUCUCGUUUCCUUGGGCGUCGGCCCGGAAACGCUGGUCCCGUUUUGCAUGGAGAAAUCGGUUUGGGCUGUUGUCGCAACGCUGGCUAUCCUCCAUGCCGGCGGUGCAUUUGUUCCCUUGGAUCCUUCGUAUCCCCGCGAAUGGCUGCAAGGAGUUAUCGAACAGACGCAAGCCAGGAUACUACUCACUUGUCCGCAGACUACCGAGUUGUGCGCGCACUUCUCGGAGCAUGUGGUCGAAGUAUCCCCCAUGCUGCUCGAAUCACUUCAUUCCUCCUCACCUUCAAAAGACGCAUCGCCCAGAGCAGAACUCUCAAAUGCGGCUUAUGUGAUUUUCACCUCUGGCAGCACAGGAAAGCCAAAAGGUGUAGUCAUGGAGCACGGCGCCAUCAGCCGCGGCAUCACCAACCACGGCUACACGUUAAAGUUCAACGCAGACUCGAGGGUGCUCAACUUCUCGUCGUACGUUUUCGACCCCAGCAUCGCCGAUAUCCUGACCACGCUGGCGCACGGCGGCUGCGUGUGCGUGCCGUCGGCCACGGAGCGGACGAGCGACAUCACGUCCGCCAUGAACCGCAUGCAGGUGAAUUGGGCUCUACUCACGCCCUCCUUCGUACGCACCUUGUCGCCUGAGAAACUCCCAACGCUUAAGGCUUUGGUUGUAGGCGGUGAGCCUCUGGAUGCCGACAUCUUCGAUACCUGGGCGGACAGCACCUACUUGAUCGAAGCGUACGGACCGGCCGAGUGUUGCAUCUACAGCACGGCUGCGGUGGGGAUCAGCAAGGCUGAUCAUCCAGCCCUCAUCGGGAAGUCAAUCACAGGGAACUGCUGGAUCGUUGACCCCAACGACUGCAAUCGCUUGGCUGCAGUGGGGAGUACUGGAGAGCUGCUCAUUGAAGCGCCCACGCUCGCCCGCGGCUAUCUCAACGACGCAGCCAAGACGAACGCUGCAUUCGUCGUUGAUCCGAAAUGGGCGAGACUCGAACCUGGACAAACACGUCGCAUGUACAAGACUGGUGACCUCGUCAAGUACAAUGCUGAUGGAACCAUGCACUUCGUGGGUCGGAAGGACACGCAGGUCAAACUCCGCGGACAACGUGUGGAGUUGGGGCUGGUCGAGCACCACAUCAAGCAGGAUAUGAGCAACCUUAUUCGCAUUGCCGUCGAGCAGAUCAAGCUCCCUGGGGGCGUUCAGCUGUUGGCUGCGUUCCUGACUUUCGAAGACGGAAAGAAUCACCUCAAGCUGUCCGAUGAGCUAAAAGCUCGUCUGAUCUCGCUGCAGGAGUACCUGCAGGCUCACAUCCCCCUCCACAUGGUUCCAUCCAUGUACGUCCCACUGGGCAACAUGCCGCUGUCCGUCUCGGGCAAGAUCAACCGCCGCGCACUGCGCGAUCUGGCUGCCGGACUGUCCCAGGAACAGCUAUCCUGCUUCUCGCUGACCAGCGCCGAAAAGCGGGCGCCCAGCACGCAGAGCGAAGUCGACCUGAGGAACCUGUGGUCCAAGGUGCUGCGCCUCCCCGUCGACACCAUCGGCGUGGACGACGGCUUCUUCCAGCUCGGCGGCGACUCGAUCGGCGCCAUGCGCCUGGCAACGCUUGCCCGUGAGCACGGCAUGCACAUCACGGUGCAAAACAUCUUCCGCAACAUCAAGCUGUGUGACAUGGCGCGCGCUGCUGCGCCGCUCGUCGCGACCGAAGGCACCGAGCCGCCUAAGCCGUUCGAGUUGGUCGAAGACCUGGAUCGCGUCUUUGCCUGCCUGGAGGAGCAGUGCGGGAUUGGACGGUCCGAGGUGGACGAUGCGUAUGCUUGUUCGCCACUGCAAGAAGGACUGCUCGCGCUGUCGUCGAAGAAUAGCGGAACAUAUACCGCGCAGAGCGUGUUCAGGCUGCAUCCGUUCCUUGACUUGCCGCGGUUCAAGGAAGCUUGGGAGAUGCUGGUGCGGAGGCAUGAUGUCUUGCGCACGGUGGUCGUUGACGUGAAUGGGGUCUAUACUCAAGUUGUUCUUCAAGACCGUGGCAUACAGUGGGCGACUGCUAUUGGCCUCGAGCAGUAUCUUUCCGAGGACAAGAGCAAUCCCAUGGAGCCCGGAACUCCCUUGGCCAGGUACUGUAUCGUGGAAUCCGAAGACCAGGGCUACUUUGUGUGGACGGUGCAUCAUGCCAUUUACGACGGGUGGUCUACGAAGCUGCUGCUCACGGAACUUGAGCAGCUGUACUACAACAGGCCUCCAUCGCCCGUCCUCACGCCCUUCUCACAAAUCCAAGCUUACUAUUCUCGGCAAGAGUCAGCUGCAACGGACGACUACUGGAGGAGUCAGCUGGCACACGCCGGCGCGGCCACUUUCCCAGAGGUGAAGUCCACGACUGCGCAACUGGUGGCCGACGCAGCAAUGACACACCCAAUCACGUUCUCCCGUCCUUCCGGAUCCUCAAUUACUACUCCCUCUCUCCUCAGAUCCGCCUGGGCGUUGCUCCUUAGCAGCUACACGGGCUCUGAUUCCGUAUUAUUUGGGGAAACGUUCAGUGGAAGGGCGAUUCCGGUACCCGGCAUCGACACGGUGGUUGGUCCGACCAUAGCCACUGUUCCCGUCGUUGUGCACCUGGACCCCAAGCAAAUGCUGGAUGAAUACCUUGCCGGUGUGCAGACCCAAGCAAUGGACAUGACUCCGUUCCAAUAUGUGGGUCUGCAGCGGAUCAAACAGCUUGGUCCUACGGCCAGCGAAGCUUGCAAUUUCAAGAAUCUGCUCGUCAUACAGCCGGUCGACAAGGACGUGGACGAGGUGAAAGGCUCCGAGCUGUGGAGUCCCGUCGACGAUGCCGUGUCGGCAGGCGGUUUCCUCGACUAUCCUCUGGUGAUGGAGUGCAACGUCACGGACACGGGGGUGGACGUCGUGAUACGGUACUCCUCGUUGGUGUUUACCGCAGUGCAAGUGGAGAGGAUUCUUCAACAGUUUGAGCAUGUGCUACGACAGCUCUCUGGCGCAGGGAACAAGGCUACGGGAAAUAUCACGCUCGCGGACAUCGACAUGAUCAGCCCGCAAGACAAGCACUCGCUUUCCAAGUGGAACGAGCCCAAGCCCCAGACAUUAUCGGCCUGCGUCCACGACGCCGUCGCCCAGCAAACGCGACUCAACCCGCACUCAAUCGCCAUCCAGUCGUGGGACAAGACCUUCACAUACUCCGAGCUCGACGAUCUAUCAUCCCGCCUCGCUCAACAACUCUGCACGUUGGGCGUCUCUCCCGGGUCCCGCGUCCCCGUGCUCUUCGAGAAAUCCGCCUGGGUCAUCGUAGCCAUGCUUGCCGUCUUCAAAGCCGGCGGCGCCUACGUGCCCCUCGACACGGGCUUUCCCGACGAACGCAACGAAUUCAUCACCCGGGAGAGCGGCGCCACUCUCGUGCUUGUCGGCCCACAGUACCGCGGCCGCCUCCAGCACACAUCCGCACAGGAACAUGUCGUCGACGAGACCGUCGUCCGUUCGCUUCCCCCGGCGACAAACUUCGCUCCGAGCACCCCGGCCACCCCCACGGAUCCAGCCUUCGUCAUCUUCACGUCGGGCACGACGGGGCGGCCAAAGGGCAUCGUGCUCUCCCACCGCGCCUUCUGCAGCAGCGCGCACCGCUUCGUGCGGUCGCUGCGGCUGCACAAGGCGUCGCGCGUCCUGCAGUUCGCCGGCUUCGUCUUCGACGUCAGCCUCUCCGAGAUCUGGGGCUCCCUCAUGUCGGGCGCCCGCCUCUGCGUCGCGGCGCCCGACGACCGCCUCUCGCGCCUCGACGCCGUCGUCAACGCUUACGGCAUCACGUGGCUGUUCCUCACGCCCACCGUCGCCGGCCUGCUGCGCCCCCGCGACGUGCCCUCCCUGCAGACCCUCGUCCUCGGCGGCGAGCGCCUGACGCGCGACAUCAUCCGCGCGUGGGCGCCGAGCGUGCAACUGAUGAACGGCUACGGCCCCGCCGAGUGCGCCGUCUACGUCACCGACUCGGGCCCGCUGGCUCCCGACGCGGAUCCGGGCUUCUUGGGUCACCGCAUGAGCAACCGCUUCUGGAUCGUGGAUCCGGACCGCCUCGACAGGCUGGUGCCCGUGGGGUGUGUGGGCGAGCUGUUGGUCGAGGGCCCGACGCUGGCGGAUGGGUAUUUGAACGACGAGGCGAGGACCGCUGCGGCGUUUGUGGAGCCGCCGGCGUGGCGGAGGGGGUUGUUGGUGGGUGAGAAGGGGAUGCCGGAGAGGAUGUAUAGGAGUGGGGAUCUGGCGCGGUUCAAUGCCGACGGGAGUGUGCACAUUGUGGGGCGGAGGGAUACGCAGGUUAAGAUCCACGGGCAGAGGGCCGAGUUGGGCGAGGUCGAGAUGCGGUUGGCGGAGGCGUUGCCCGAGGGGUGGAUUGCGGUGGCGGCGAUGUCGCGGCUUGGUGGCGAUGUGGAGGGUGAGCUGAGGCUGACGGCGUUCGUUGGGGAUAAGAGCUCGGAUGACGGCGGAGAGGUGGAGUGGAUCGAUCCGAGGGAUGAUACGGGAGUGAGCAGUACGGUAAGGCAGCUCAGGAAGAGGCUCGAGGGCGUGUUGCCGCCUUUCAUGGUGCCGACGGCAUAUGUCGUUGUGCGCAACGUGGCUCUGACGCCCGGAGGGAAGGUUGACCGCCAGAAGCUGUACGCUCUUGGGGAACAAGUUUCCUUGGAGCGGUGCUUGCUACUGGAGGAAGUUGAGGUGGACGACGUUUCGCUGACGGAAAUGGGAGAGCGGCUGCGCGGUCUUUGGGCGAAGGUCCUCAGGCUCGAAGAGGAGAAGCUGGGUGCCAUGUCCAACUUCAUCCAGCUUGGAGGAGACUCGAUUUCAGCCAUGCGCCUGGCGCAUGCUAGCCGUACCCUCGGCCUUUCACUGAGUGUGCAGCAGAUUCUCGCGGCACCAGUGCUGGCGGAUAUGGCUGCUUCCGUCCGAGUUGAAAAGCGCUUGGAAGAGGUGUCACAGAAGCCGUUCUCCACGCUCGGCGAUGUCCACACCGACACCUUCCUGCAGGACGUGGUCUGUCCCGCCGUGGAAGGCGCCAAGGACAACAUCGAGGACGUUCUUGUGGCAACCGACUACCAAGCCUGGACGCUCUCUCAGGGCCACCUGCGCUCGCGGGGCUACAACAACUACCUGACCUACAACAUCGACGGCGUCAUCGACUUGCCGCGCCUCGACGCUGCAUGCCAGGCCCUCGUCGUUCACCACGCCAUCCUGCGCACCGUCUUCGCCGUCCACAACCGCCAACUCUACCAAGUCAUCCUCAAACACCUCAACGCUACCCCAUCCCACCACACCCACACCUCCACCGCCUCCCUCAUCGCCGCCGACAUGGCCGCCCCGGUCUCCCUCGGCAAACCACGCACAUCCUUCCUCCUCACCACCCUCAACCCAACCACCCACGCCCUAACCAUGCGCAUCUCCCACGCGCAGUACGACGGCAUAUCGCUCCCCAUCCUCCUCGCCGACCUGCGCGCCUUGUACGUCACGGGCAAACCCCUCUCCACGACAACAACAACCCCCUUCUCCGCCUUCGUCACCUCGACCCACCCCCACAUCCACGCCUGGCCAGCGGCCGAACAGCACUACCGCGCCCUCCUCCGCGGCUCCCGCAUGACAUCCAUCGUCGCGCACCCCGACGCCACCGCCUCGCACCACCGCCACCCGCUCAACGCGACCCACACGCGCGUCUGCCGCGUCGACGCCGUCGCGCUGCGGGCUUCUGGCCUCACGUUCGCGUCGCUCCUCAAGACGGGCUGGGCCGUCGUUCUCGCACGCCUGUCCGCCGCCGGCGGGGACGACGUCGUGUUCGGGCACGUCGUGUCGGGCCGCAAUGAUGAUGGCGGCGCCGUUACUGCGGUGGGGCCGUGCAUGAAUAUCGUACCGGUGCGAGUGCGCGUGCCUGAAGUCGGUGGUGAUGACGAGGUGCGGGAGGUGGCAAGGGCGGUGCAGCAGCAGUACGUCGAAGGGCUGCCGUUUGAGACGCUGGGGUUCAGGAACGUCAUCGAGAGGUGUACGGACUGGCCGGCUUGGACGCGCUUCUCGUCCAUUGUGCAGUUUACGAGCUUUGAGGGGGUGCGGGAGGGAGAGGCGAGAGCGGAUGGGGAGGAUGGUGAUAGUGAUGAUGGUGGAGCGCGGUGGCGCUUGGAGAGCUUUGCGCCGCCGGGAGAUGUGACGGAUGUGUGGGUGGCGGGGCGGCCGCGGAGGCGGAGCGGUGCUGAUGGCGGCGGCGGCAGGGGUGAAGAAGGGGUGGAGGAGUUCGUGGUCGAUUUGACUUAUGCGAGCGAUGCGGUGGCGGAGGAAGUGGCGGAGACGAUGGUGGAGAUGCUGAGGGGUGUGGUUGAGGGGAUGCUGGGCGGCACCGAGGCGGCUGUGGUGGCCGACGAGAAGGAGCGGAGGAAGGAGAAGGAAGUGAGGCGUGCGCUCUUGCCGCUUCAGCUCCCAGCUCAGAUGACGCCGCCGGUUUCGCCGCCGAUGAGAGAGUAUCUGGAGGCGCCCGCUGCGCAGGUCGUCAAGGAGGUGUGGCAGGAGGUGCUGGGAUGUGGAGAGAGUGGCAGCGAUGACGACGCGGACGUGCCCUUUUGGGAUUUUUGGGGAGAAAGUGUGCUUGCCGCCGCCGCGUUGAGCGAGGCUUAUGGCAGACGGGAAGUGAAGGUUUCGGUCGAGGAGUUGUUGGACAGGCCGACGAGAAGCUUGCAGACGUUGUUGCUCAGAGGGUGA